AUGGUACAAUUGACUGAGCUAAAGGAUGACUCUCCAUCUGCUCAAGAUCCACAGGUUAUUCCAGCUGAACCGCUAAAUGAGCUGGAAAAGAGAAAUGUUAACGACGAAGAGGCAGAUGAAGAAGACAGUGAUUUUGAAGAAGAUUUCAAUGAAAACGAGAAUUUAAUGGAGAGAUUGAUUGCAUUAAAGGAGAUUGUUCCACCAAAUAAGAGACAAAGUGUUUGCAAAUUUUUUGACACUACCAGCGUGUUUCUAAAAAAAGUUUUUAACAAAGGUGGAAGUUUAACAUGGGCAUUAACCACCUCUGCACUGUUACUUGGGGUCCCUUUGUCAUUGUCGAUACUGGCUGAGCAGCAAUUGAUUGAAAUGGAAAAGACUUUUGAUCUACAAAAGGAUGCUAAUGAAUUACUGACAUCAAACGACCAGAAAUAA